UAAUGGAGAUCACUAUUCAGAUCUUGGGUUCCUAAUGGUCCGACGGCUAAAUUCUGGAAAAAGAACUAGAUAGCACAUUAGGCAACAUUUGAUUCAUCCACACUUUAUAUAUAUAUAUAUAUAUAUAUUAGCUGCUUUUAUCCAUCGCAAGCUGGAAGCAGUGUCCUGUGGAAAUGAGGCCCUCAUCUCGUGACCACCUUUACGAUCGUCUUCCCUUUUUCUUGGUAACUUCUUUAUGAUUGCCUUCCCGGCCAUAUUUCUGGGAUGCAAGAAAUUCUUUCUGAGAUCUUUAAUUUUCAUAUACUCAUUGGAGUGGGGAAUUGUGGUUGAGCAUAAGGGGAAAAAUGGAUAGUCCAGCCCACAACUAAAAGGCCGCCCAGUAAACAUCAACGACAAUCGGUUGAAUCUUCACUUUGGUCUAGGGCCAGCUCGUCCUCGGAAUUCCGCCGAAAGCUCCACCAACUCUAAAUAUUCGCCGACUCCUCCGACCAAGCUCGGGGUACUUCCAGACAAUCGCCGAUCCGCCCCGAUCCAAUUCCAGCGAUACGCUUCGACCUUUGAGCUCGGGGCGCUCCACCGAGGACAUCUCGGAAUUCGGAAAGUCGAGCUACUUCCAGCAUUCGCCAAGCCGAUCUCAUCAAACGCGUGACGCGACUACUUAACAAGCUCGUCCUCGCCAACGACUGCACUCAUGUGUGGGUCUACGCCCACCUACGUGGCCGUAUUUUACCACACUACCGUGUCAUAUCUCCAUAACUGGCCAACAGCAGUCAGACGGCAUCUUGACUACUCCAGCCAUAUCCUGCCAUGACUGUCAACACUCUACCGUUCUUAAGAAUGGGUUGUACCGCACGUCACCAACCAACCUGAGCUGCGCGCCAUCCGGCUCAGAGCCACGUCCUCUCAUAAUGAGGGCUGACAGUACCUCUGCCACCUGGGCCACUCUAUCGAUGCUAUAAAUAGCUCGGUCAGGUAAUUUCUAAGGAACUUUUGUGGCUGGAUCAAUUGGACCCCACUCUAACUUGAUCGUCAGAUGGCCUUCACCGGAAACACCGGUGAGGCUUUGUACAGGUCCGCAGCCGUCGCGCAGGAGGUGGCUCUCGUCUUCUCCUUCCAACCACCGGCGGCUCCUUCGACUCCACCGGCAUGGUCACCCUCGGGCCAAAUUUGAACCACAACAAAUACAAAUACAAAAAUAAAAUUUUAUUUAUUGUAUUGUGUAAACCACCAAGGAAAAGAAAGAAUUUUGAUCGUGCAAAUGGCCCGUUUGUGAGAAAUCCAGCAAAAUUGAACUGGAUUUUUUACUAGAUUUGUGGACUGGACAGAUCGGAUAUUGCAUUGAUAAGCAUCUAAUAACAAAAGCAUAACAACAGUCAGGAAGACAAUCAUGAUCAUUAAUGAGAUAAGGAGGAGAUCGAUAUAUAGCACGGGCGAAAAUUGCAGGGGCGAGCUUACGUCUCUCCGGUAACGGCUCCAAUGCUAUUCCGAGCCCAAUUGUGGCACCUCCCUUCCUCCCGCGUAUUCUUUGGCCGCUUCACGCCAGCCAUCUGUCCUGAACCCUCUCCACCUAACUCUCCCAACCCCCACUCCUCCGAGAACCAUGCCAUCAAAACCCAUCCGCCUCUCUCCUUCCUCUUCCCACCUUCGCUAAUAGCGGCAUCGAUCCUGAGCCAUCGUGCCGGUGGGCGGGGCGACGAGCAGCAACAUGACUGCCCGGCGGUCUCUGCCGCUCCUCGUGGCCCUGCUCUUCGCCGCGGCGUCCCUCCACGCCGACGCGGCGGACUCGGCCGAGGCCGCCGCGCUCCUCAAGUUCAAGAACAUGAUCGCCGACCCCGAGGGCAAGCUCGGCAGCUGGGUCGCCGGCACGGAACCAUGCGGCGGCGACGGCAAGGGGAAGGGGGAAUGGAACGGCGUGAUCUGCGACGACGGCAAUUUGCAUGGCCUGCAGCUGGAAAACAUGGGCCUGUCGGGCAUGCUGAACGUCAGCGUGGGCGCCCUCAGGGAGUUGCCGGACCUCCGAACGCUUAGCUUCAAGGACAACCAAUUCUCCGGGCCGAUGCCGGAAGUGAAGAAUUUCGCCGGGAUAAGAAAUAUAUUUCUGUCCAACAACAAGCUGUCCGGGGAGAUCCCGGACGACGCGUUCCAGGGAAUGGGCUCCCUCAAAAAGGUGGACCUCUCCAGCAACGAGUUCUCCGGCCCCAUCCCGACGUCGCUCGCCCGUGUGCCCAAGCUCCUGCAGCUCCGGCUCGACGACAACAAUUUCUCCGGCACCAUACCCGAUCUCCGGCAGAAGGGAUUGAAUCUGCUCAACGUGUCCCGCAACGAGCUGGAAGGCAAGAUUCCCGACGGCCUCAGGAACGUCAAAGAAGCCUUCUUCGAUGGCAAUAAGAAUCUAUGUGGCGAAGCUGUCGGAAACCCUUGUGCUACGCCGACGCCAACGCCACCGCAAGAGCCGACGCCGCCGCAACAGUCGCCUGGAGAGAAGUCGAUCCCAGUACUGGCCCUGAUGGCGGUAGCCUCUGGUGGGACGAUAGUGGUAGUCGGAGCAAUCGUGGUCGCAGUGAAACGUCGGCGGGAGGAUGUGGAGGUAUUAGGGCAGCCCAUGUCCUCGAGGAACUCGAAGAAAUACACAUCGUUUCCGGAGGAGAAGCUCGAGAGGGGCGCUCUGGUCAAGUACGAGGGGAGCGCCAGCGGGAGGAAGACCGGGAUGGCUGCGGGGGGGAGCGAUCAGGGAAGGCUGGUGUUUGUGAAGGAAGGGAGGGAAAGGUUUGAGCUGCAGGACCUGCUCAGGUCCUCGGCCGAGGUGCUGGGGACGGGCAACUUUGGAUGCACCUACAGGGCCAGUCUCCUGAAUGGGCCCUCCGUGGUGGUGAAGAGGUCCAGGGACAUGAACAGGACCGGCCGAGAGGAUUUUGAGGAGCACAUGAGAAGGCUGGGCCGGCUCUCCCACCCCAACCUCCUGCCAUUGGUGGCCUACUACUACAGGAAGGAGGAGAAGCUCUUGCUCCACGACUACGUCCCCAACAGGAGCCUGGCUCUCAUGCUCCAUGGUAACGGAGGGUCGAACCAUCCGAUGAUGUUUGACUGGCCGGUGCGCCUAAAGAUCGUGAAAGGAGUAGCUCGUGCCAUGGCUUACCUCUACGAGGAGCUCCCCAUGUUAGGGGUGCCCCAUGGGCACUUGAAGUCCUCCAACGUGCUGCUGGGGGAGUCCCUCGAGCCCCUCCUGACCGACUACGCCCUCGUACCGGUCACGAACCAAUCUCACGCAGCACAAUUCAUGGUGGCCUACAAGUCCCCCGAGCGCAAGCAAUUUGGCAGGACAUCUAAGAAGAGCGAUGUAUGGAGCCUUGGCAUGCUGAUACUAGAGAUUUUGACAGGCAAGGUCCCCGCGCAUGAUACACAGCAAGGGAAGGAGAGCGCAGAUUUGGUGGACUGGGCUAUCUCGGCAACCAGGGAGGAGCGGGCCGGCCAGGUGCUCGACAGCGGGAUGAGCAGGACCGGGAAUGCCGAGGGAGAGAUGUUGAAGCUGCUGCAGAUUGCAUUGGCCUGUUGCGAGGAGCGCGUCGAGAAGAGGUGGGAGAUCAAGGAAGCCGUCGAGAAGAUUGAAGAGAUAACAGAGGGGGGUGGGGACCACUCUUCAACCGCCAGCGAGCUGGAAGCCAGUUCUUCCAAACCUGCCGCUGCGGAUGAUUUCUCUUCUAUUGCAAUUAAUUGAGGAUUAAUUAAAUGGAAAGUUGGAGAGCAUUGUGUCUGUCUGAGCUGUUUUCACGUUCAAAUCAAAAAAAGGAAGAAAAAAAUGGAGACCAGUUGCUCCAGACGUCGGUAAUGGCCCUAGCUUUCUUCUAUCUCUGUGGAGAUUGCGAAGUGGUAGGGAUCUGUAAGACUCCUCGUCCUGUUUUAGGAAUCAAAACACAAAUUCCCAACGAUUUGGGCAUUU